AUGUCUUCCAACUCUACUGAACCACUACCAAUUAGCACAGAAAUAGAAGAUAAGCAAUUCGCAAGCCAAACCAAUCUCAAUGGUGUCGUUUUGAGAGAUCUUUCGGUCCCAAAAAAACGUGGACUUCUGCUUAGGAUCAUUCCCUUGGUGUACAAAUGUGGCGGUACAGCACAUUUGACUCAGGUGUACAUUGAUAAGCUGUGUAAAAUUUUAGACCUUGAGGCAACGGUGAGCUUUCUCCCUGGUCGCAUUCUUCUUACAUGGCCUACCUCUGGAAUAGGAGAGGAGGAGCUUUCCCUGCCACACGUUUCUUUGUUGAAUGUAGCUUUUGCGCUUCAAUGCAGGUGGGGAUUUCAGCUCUCAACACUGCAAAAUUUGGCUGAUCUUAUAGAAGAUAUGCAUAAGAAUGUCAACUCGAUCCUAGUUGGCGAUGUAAUUGUCCGUCUUACAGCGAUCGAGAAGGAGCCUCUUCCAUAUGGAAAAUAUGGUCUUUUACUUGGCUUCGGCUUUAUGGCAGCCCCUAUGGCUCCUGCUUUCUUUGGCGGGUCGCUUUUGGAUGGCGCCGUUACCCUUCUUAUCGGCUCAAUUGCCGGUGUAUUUGCGCUGCUCUCAGAUAGCCUCCCAACCAUGCUUCUCCCUUUCCACGAAGUUCUUUGCUCAUUUGUCUGUGCAUUAUUGGCCAUAUUUUUUUCCGUGCUUUCACAUGGAACCAGCCAGCCAAUUUCUUUCUGGCCAGUGAUCCUUGCUUCCAAUAUUUGGAUUCUUCCCGGAUUUUCACUUGUUAUUGCCACGAUUGAUAUUCUGUCCAAGGCUGGCCCAGCCCCCGGGUUUAUCAUGUUGUUUGGCUGCUGCUUCAUUGCAAUCAUCAUGGGCAUCUCUUAUUCAGUAGCCAUUUGGGUUACCGGAGUCGACCCCAACCAGUACCUUAGGUUCGCGACAACCCCAGAGCUGAAAGUAGACCUCGGUACUAGCAUCAUUUUGGUUUGCCUUUUUGCUAUCGCGUGUUGCCUUAUUUAUCAAACUCGGCGUUCGCAAUGGAUUCUUGCAAUUGUCUCGACGGUCUUCUGCUUCUUGAUGAUAUAUUUAUUUGAGGAGGUUCUUGCAUUUCCAGACGAACUUGUCCACUUUGCUAGUGCUUUUUCUCUCGGUAUCUUUAUGAGGUCCACCUGCAAAGCUGUCAGGCAAAUCCCCGAAGCCGCGAUGUACUGUGCGAUGCUGCCCCUUGUUCCUGGUUCCCGAAUUGUCAGAGCAGCCUUUGCUCUCCUUGCAGGCCUGCACAAGGCCGACUGCUCUGGGGCAAAUACCAACUUUUACAGAACUCUACUCGGCUCCAUCAUCAUCGGCAUCAUAGUUUCAUUUGGGCUUCUCAUGUCGGAGAUUGUCUUUGAGAAGAUCAUUAUGCGGCUAAUCAAAUACCCUGAAACGCACCCUACGUCUGCCAUAAAGCAGCAGCCACAAGAUGAGGCCAAAGCAUGA